GUGGUUAGGAUUCACAUUUGACACUUCAAUUUCACUCACUCACUCACAAUCUGUAUUAUUAUUAAAAAAUGGUAGCGUGGAGUUGUUUGUCCCGUUUGGGCACAACUGGUGCCCGUCAAAUCACCAAAAUAGGCAACAAACCAACCACAGGAAUCAACCUGGUGCUGUGCAGGAAUUCCGGUGACCAUGGACACAAGACGAUGACAAUCACUGCUUCCAGGUGGCAAUGGCACAAGUUCAAGGAUCUAUUGCAUUACUAUACACUUCUCGGGCUGAUUCCAGUGUUGUCACUUGUCUUUUGCGUUAAUGUGUUUGUGGGGCCUGCAACGCUUACUGAAAUACCUGAGGGAUAUGAACCUAAACAUUGGGAAUAUCACAGGCAUCCCAUUUCGAGAUUCCUAGCUCGAUACGUGUACGGACCCCAUCAGCAGGAUUACGAAAAAUUCUUGCAUGUCUUGUAUGAGGAAAACGAGAAGAAACAACUAAGGGCUCUGACCGAAAAGAUCGAAGAUAAAAUGGCCGAAAGACAAGACUACUACAGUUUUUACUACCGCCCCGUCACCGCCAAACAUUUGCGCAUAUCUAAAGAGUAUGCUGACAAAGUCAAGGAAUUGGAAGAUGAAUAUUAAUUAUAAUAUAGUAACAAUCGAAAACUGUAUAUAAAUGUAGGAAAUACAUAUUUAGAAUUAAUAAAAUA